GCAAUUUCACAAAGAACUAUUAGUCGCACUCUUUGUAAAGCUAAUUUGUUCGCACGUGUUGCCUAUUCAAAACCUUUUAUUAAUACUAACGCUAAAGAAGAACAUGAGAAAUUUUUUACUUUAAUUUCUCCUAAUCCACAUCAAUAUAUAUGGAGACUGCCGGAAGAAGAGUUUGAUGAUAAUUGCCUUGUUCCAGCAAUCAAAUCUAAAGAGAUUAUAGUGUGGAGAUAUUUUUCUUGGUGGGGUCUUGGUCCUCUUGUUCGUGUCUAUAGCAGUAUUACAAGUGCGUCCUAUCAUAGGAUGCUUAGUUGUUAUGCUAUUUCCAAGCUUCAAGACCAAUACUCUAAUAGUAACAGGGUAUUUCAACAUGACGGUACCUCAGUCCACAGAAGUAAGAUAGUUAAAAGGUAUCUAGUUAAUAAGAAUAUUGAACCAUUAAAAUGGCCUCUCUACAGUCCGGAUCUUAGUCAAAUUGAGAAUCUUUGGUUCGAGGUUGAAAAAAAGCUUCGAAAAUGUCGUUCAAGACCUGGCAACCUUAACGGACUUGAAAGGAUGGUUAAAGAAGAAUGGGAAGCAUUAUCUCAAUAUUAUUAUAAACAUCUUGUUGAAAGCGAAGUUGACUGUGUUAUAGAGGUAUAUAAUAAUGACAGUGG